UUGAUUCCGUUACCGUGACACCUGUCGUGUCCGCGCUGUCAGUGACGUAGCCGUCUGAAUCCCCGCCCGCCUUCUCACUCCCCGCUACCUUUCACCCCCGAUACAAACCCCGAUUUGACGGCGUCGCAGCGCAGACAAAACCCGGGACAACAUGGCGUCAGGUGUAACCGUGAACGAUGAGGUCAUCAGAGUCUUUAACGACAUGAAGGUGAGGAAGUCUUCCACCCAAGAUGAGGUGAAGAAGAGAAAGAAGGCUAUCCUCUUCUGUCUCAGUGAGGACAAGAAGAAGAUCAUCGUGGAGGAGGGGCGCCAGAUCCUGGUGGGGGACAUUGGUGACACUGUGGAUGACCCCUACGCCUGCUUUGUCAAGCUCCUCCCCCUAAAUGACUGCAGAUACGGUCUGUACGACGCCACCUAUGAGACCAAGGAGUCCAAGAAAGAGGACCUGGUCUUCAUCUUCUGGGCUCCAGAUGGUGCUUCCAUGAAGAGCAAAAUGAUUUACGCCAGUUCUAAAGACGCCAUCAAAAAGAAGUUUACAGGUAUCAAACACGAGUGGCAGGUGAAUGGUCUGGAUGACAUUCAGGACCGCAUGACACUGGCAGAAAAACUUGGUGGUAACACGGUCAUUUCUCUGGAGGGGAAACCGCUGUGAUGUCACAGGCAAGCUGAGCGGAGCCAAACCGACCGCCGUGCCAUCCGGACCGAAGCACCUGACCUCGCCUCCGACUCCACCCUUACCCCUACCAACACGACGCAUCAACGUCUGUCUGUCCGUUUGUUCCUCGGGCGUCUUUGUUUCCUUUUUUUGUUCUUUUAGCUUUGUUACCACAUGAAGGAUCUCAUUAACAUAAUGAUAUGCAAACUCUGCCCACUCCAAUGCCACAUGACUUUUGUUCAGCUGGCAGAAAAGCAAACAAAAACAAGAGAUUAACCCUGGAAAAUUGUCUCUCUAUCUGUCUUUCCAUUACUCUGUUUUGCCAAAAAAAAAAAAAGAAGAAAAAGUCGCACGUGUGGAGGCAAGUGCAGCAUCAUCCAGCUUUGCUCUGCCUCCUCUUUUACAUGACUUUAUUUAUUACUGUAAAGUGUUGUUUCUUCUCCACUUUGUUCAUACUGUGUUUCGACUAUGCAUUGAGUCAUGAAGGUUUUGUUUCCCUUGAAUACACUAAUUUUUGAAUGAUGCUACUAUUAGGGUUUGUUAUCUCGGUUCUCAUUACUGUCAGAUUCACCGCAGUUGUCCUCACUGUUUACGUUUGAUUUCAGAGCAGCGUUAGAGCACACUUUUAUUUUAUAAACACUACAGGAAGCAGAUUUGACCCCAGCACUGAGAGACAACAACAAACAAACAAACAGCAGUGACAUCAGGAGCCUUAAAGUGGAACAAUGUUGUUUCUGAAUUCACAGGAAGCCACUCUGCAAUAAAAGCCUGUGGCGGAUAAGA